AUGAACACCAUCAAACAUCAGAAGAUCAGUUCUCCAGGAGUCAAAAAAUCCAAGUCUAAGAAGAAGAUCAACCACUUCACAGAUGUGCAUGGCCUGCCGUGCAUUAAGAACAUUGUGGCAUCGGUGGAAGAAACUCCUGAGCCCAUCAGCACCGUCAUCACAGGCACCAUCCCACGGUGGAUCAACGGGAACUUCUUGAGAAAUGGACCGGGGAAGUUUGAGAUCGGUAACCAGAAGUUCAACCACUGGUUUGAUGGGAUGGCUCUCCUGCACCAGUUUAAAAUCUCCAACGGGAAGGUGACUUAUAAAAGCCGCUUCCUGUCCAGUGACAGUUACCAAUCCAACAAGGAGCAGAACCGCAUUGUUGUGUCUGAGUUUGGGACCAUCACCAUGCCAGACCCCUGCAAGAACUUCUUCCAGCGCUUCCUGUCCAGAUUUGAAUUACCCAAGCCCACAGACAAUGCCAAUGUGAGCUUUGUGACCUACAAGGGUGAUUACUAUGUCAGCACAGAAACCAACGUCAUGCACAAGGUGGACCCUGAGACCCUGGAGACGACCAGAAAGGUGGACUGGAGCAGGUUUAUCGCUGUAAAUGGAGCAACCGCACACCCCCACAUUGAGCCCGACGGAACCACCUACAACAUGGGAAAUUCCUACACUCCUAAAGGAGCAUACUACAACAUCAUCCGAGUGCCACCAGCCAAAAAAGCAGAAGGAGAGACCCUGGAGGGAACCACAGUGCUGUGUUCGAUUCCUGCAGCAGACAAGACCAAACCGUCCUACUACCACAGCUUUGCCAUGUCUGAGAACUACGUGGUGUUCAUUGAGCAGCCCAUCAAGAUGGACUUGCUGAAGAUCGCAACAGGAAAGCUGACGGGGAAAAGCAUCAGUGACGGCUUCUCCUGGGACCCCAAACGCAACACCAUCUUCCAUCUGAUCCACAAACAGACUGGGGAGCAAAGCUCCGUGAAGUACAUCACCAAGGCACUGUCAACCUUCCACCAGAUCAAUGCAUACGAGGAGAACGGCUUCGUGGUCAUAGACAUGUGUGCUUCGGACGACGGCCAGGCCAUUUCUAACUACAACGUCCAGAAUCUGCGUAAGUCUGGGGAAGCCCUCGAUGAGGUUUACAACACCUUGUGCAGAACCUUCCCUCGACGUUUCGUACUGCCGCUCACAGUGGACCAGAGGACACCCUACUUCCAGAACCUGAUUGACCUGCCCACCACCACGGCCACGGCCAUCAGGACUGGCAAGAACACGGUUUUCUGUACCCAUGAGGACCUCCACGGGGAGGAUCUCCAUGAGUAUGGGGGUCUAGAGUUCCCCCAGAUCAACUACGGCCAAUACAACACCCAUCCCUACCGCUACUUCUACGGCUGUGGCUUUAGACACCUUGUGGGAGACACUCUGAUCAAGAUGGACAUCCAUGGGAAACAGAUGAAGGUGUGGGAACAUCCUGGCCUGUAUCCCUCUGAGCCGAUCUUUGUCGCUUCCCCGAGCGCUACAGAGGAGGACGAUGGUGUCAUCUUGUCUGUGGUCAUCACUCCAAAUGAGGACAAGAGCACAUUUCUUCUCGUUUUGGAUGCAAAGACAUUUGAGGAGCUGGGCCGGGCUGCUGUUCCUGUCAACAUCCCAUACGGCUUCCACGGAGCGUUCAGUGCCUCGGCAUCGACCGAUGCGGGGGGCGAAGCCACAGCAUGAAAAGUAAUAUUCAUCUUUGUCUCAAUAUAAACACCAAGUUAGGUCAUCACAUAAACAUGUAUUUCAUUCCAUUCAGCUGCACCCAGAAAACCUGAUUGUACAGGCAUUUUUUCCUACUCUUAAAAUGUCA